CACAAUUGUUGGUCAUGCAAUAUGCCAACUUGACCUCCUAAGUGUUACAUCACAAGCUCUGGGUUUUAUUUUGAAACUCAAAACAGGAACCUCAGUGUUAAUGGACGUGUAACUUGACGCUGGUACCUGUCAAACAGUCUCCCGUCCUCACUGUUCCGCUGAAAUGCCGGCUGGCUUCACGCUCUCAGGACUCAACACUCACGGCAGCGUACUGGCUUUCACUCGUAAAAUAUACGUCGAAACCCCCGGUUACAGAGUGCCGUUUUUAAACAUGACCGUGCGAUAAGGGACUGGACACCGGCUCACAUAACGUUUUCUCGUCAGUCCCUGUGGGGAUUUAUUCCUCUCUGCGGCGCCCUGCAUUGCAACGGAAUGGGAACAGGAUGAAUUGAAACUCGGACGUGGAUACGGGCUGAAAGACCAGGAACAACAGGAGGAACAGAAGCCUGCAGUAGCCUGAUAUAGCUGUCAUGGCCAACAUGACCUACAUACCACAGAGCUUAAUGGACGCAUCUCCAGGACAUCUCUGCUGUAUGGAUACAUUGGACAGUAACUGACGUGCUGUUCAACCUUGGACCGCAGUAAUAAGUGACCUUCAUUUUUAUUUGCUACUGCAGAACUAUGCAUAACAAGACACGUGAAUGUGCAUAUGACUGAACAAUGAGACAGAUCAUGUCCUAUGCAAAGUAAGGGAGCAAGACCAACAGCAUGAUAAGCACGCCAUGCUGGAUGUUGUGCUGACCUUCUGUAAUGCUCAGGGGUCAAAGAGGGAAACGUAAAGGAAAAUUAAUCAAGCAGGUGGCCCGGGGCCUCUAGAUUCUGUACCCUCCCUGCAGUUCUCUCCCAGGGUACUGUUAGAAUAUACAGCGGACUGGCUCUGCUCUUUGGAUUAGCCUACAGCUCACGAGGGCUGACAGUGGAGCCGGGAUCAAAGGUCCAAAGAAAAACAGCGUUGAAAGGUCUUUUUGAGCUGGAGCACCCUAUAGAUGCCUUAUCCACUCAUGAGCAACAGAUUGUAUGGUAGUGAUCACUAAUUAUGCCGUGGUCAGCAAUAAAAUCAACAGCCAAGCAAUAAAAACUGAAGUGCUUUGCAGGAAAAGGUCAGAUCCUAAACCACUAGUUUGGCUGUUAGCGACAUAAGCUGUCGCCAUCAUGCUUCUGAACUGUGGUCAGCCGUUACCUCUUCUGAGGCAUACAGACGUGCCACCUCGAGUCAUAGAAAACUUCAUCCUGACUGGUUACCGCUUCCCGAAUUACAGCCUGAGGGAUUGUUUAUUAUCAGCAUUCAGGCCAACCAAUGAAACAGGCAACUUCUGGACGCACUUCCUCCCAGUUUUCAUUUUUUCGUACUAUUUUGUGGAGGUAUUUGGCUGGGAAGGUGCACCACAUGGUGAUGCCCCGUUCUUCUAUCCAUUGUGGAACUAUUUUAUUGGGGUGUUCUGUCUGCUAAUGGCUAGCAGCAUGGCCCACCUGCUCAACUCAAUGUCUUUGGUGGUAAGAGAAGUGUGCUUCUUCGUGGAUUACGGCACUAUCAGUGCUUACACGGUUGGCUCAUCGUUGGCGUACUACUACUACAUCCACCCUCGGGCAGGGAUAGUGGAGACAGGAGGCCAUAAUGGCUCCCAUAUGGAUUUGAAACAUGAACCUGCAGGGGCUGUUAUAUCAUCCUAUGCAAUCCCAGAGUUCAGCGUGUUUUUUGAGACCUUCUACAUUCCGUGUGCUUGUGUUGUAGCUAUCAUUUGUGUUUUAUCUUGCUGCAACACUCGCCAGAGAUGGAGGCAGCAUCGAUACGUCAUCCGGACCCUUGUUUUCCUCCUCCCAUUCCUCAUCUCUUCCACACCUGUCUUCUAUCGCCUCCUCACCAGAUCGCCUUACUCCAACACCUCCUCCUCCUUUGUUGCUUCCACUUCCAUGCCCAGUUUCUUCUAUCGGCACUGCCUCUGGCUGCUGGUGUCAGCCGUCUUCAAUAUCAGCAAGUUCCCAGAGCGGUUGGCUCCGGGUCGCUUUGACAUCUGGGGGCACAGCCACCAGUGGUUCCACUGCUGCACCUUUUUGUCCAUCCUCGACGAACUCCACAUGAUCAAGGCUGAGGUGAGGGCCAUCCUGCUCAGCCCGACUCUGCUGCUGCCCCCCACCACCCUCGCCCGCCUACCUGGACCUACCAUAGCUUCCACCUAUGGAGUGAUGCUCCUCCUGCAGACCACCAUCAUCUCGAUCAUCGUGUGGUUUUCCUGGCAUGCCAACUGCAUCUAUGGACCCCAGAGAGACCAGCUAGCAAAGGAGCACCUCAAGAAACACCUGAAAUGUCACUGAUGACACGGACAUAAUUUCUUUUCAUGUUGACUUGUGACGGAAGAUUUGCACAUGCAUACAGAGCCAUGCCACAAAGAGAAGCGCACAAAUAACAACAAUAUUUCCCAUCCGAUUUCAAGUCCCUCAUGUGUUCCAACCCUUAUGGGAGCAUUUUUCAAGCUUUCAUGAGGGGAAAUUGGGGACAAAGGGAGAUGAAAGGAUUAUAUUCUGAGCUCACCACAGGGUGGCUGUCUGGUUGAGUGGAUAUUGAAAGACCUUGCCAGCUCUUUCCCCUGAGCUGUUCCAGCAUGUUCCAACAGGAUGUCUGAGCAGUGGGGAUAAAAACUACCUCUAGGGGCUGUAUACUUGAGGACAGAGGAAAGGUGUUGGUACCCAGGAGAACACAUGUUCCAUGUAACAUUUGGGUAUGCAGCUUAAACGUCAGCGCGACCAUUUACAGAAGUUGUCAAUAAGUUGCCUGCUGUCUUUUCCUUCCUCCAGUUGCACUUCCCCUUCCUCUGACCUUAAAUGGCAUCUUUUGAAAAUUCUCUGCCAUGUUCAGUUGAACCCAUUGUUUCGUAGUGAAUUAAUCCUUUUGCCUGGCUUUUGUUAACCAUACCUUCUCCUCUCUAACUUACACACACACGCAGUCUCAUUUCCUCUCUCUUUCCAAGGGACCCUUGCUGCAGGAAGUGUGGUCGCCUUGCUGACGUAACAGAAAUAGCUGAGAGCUCAUAUCAGUCUUAGAGUAAAGCACUUUCAGGGGGCCGGUCAAAUUCGCCCUGUCAUUAAGAAGCCAUGCUCACUUUCUAACCUUAAGGGACAUAACAUUUCUUAAGCAUAUAAUGAUGUCCUGCUGACAUGUUCUGUUGGAAUAUUUGGGUUAUUUAUGUGUGAAAUGUAUUCAUGGUGCAGUCAAUACAUCAACUGUUUGUAUGAUUUUUAUAACAUUGAUGACUAAACCCCCAUGCAUCACAUUCACAUUGCUUGAAGUGCUCUAGUUCAGAUUAAAUAUGAUUUAGAUGUGAUGUGUUCUAAUCAGUAUGAAUAACAUAUUGGAUUUUUUGAUUUUUCUGGUGGAUAUGAGAGUAGUACCCACUCUGUGCAGGCAUAUCUUUUUGCUUACAACUGAUGAAAUGUUAGCAAAAUUUAUAAAAAAAAAAAAAAAAAGAAAGAAAGAAAGAAAGAUGCUCCUAGCCUGCAAAUAUAUCAGGUGAAUUACAGCAAUCUCUCAGACAAAAAGCCAUACUUGAUAAAAAUGAUAGUUGAAUAGUAUUUAAGAGUAUGUCAUCAGGAAUUUUCUGGAUGGUUUUGCGCUUGACAGAUCAGGUUAGUAGUUCACUUUGCAAGUUCGUACCUUUCGUGUAUUAUCAUUACAUUUGAGUCAAAGAGCUAAGUAUCCAUUUUACUGUAAAAUAUACACCAGGCAACCUUUGAAAAACUCAGUGGGUCAUUUAACAGCACAUACAGCUGUUCUGAUGGUAUCUCCAUAAUCCUCAGUGUCUCCUGUACGGAGCCUUACAAGUCAAUCAC